UUGGUCGAAAAUCUGGCAUUCUCCAAUUCAGGAUCCACCCCUUGUCUCUUCCCCACAGACCAGGAUCUCGGGUAGCUGAUGUACCCUCCACUUCUCGCGUGCACUACUGUACGGCCUACCAAUCGAUCUACCCCAGUCAAAGGAGCCGUUAACCACAUAAUGCCGACGUACCUCUGCCACGGUUUUCGCUGGCAUCGUCCAAGCAUUAGGUAUUUUGUUGUUAUCCAGAACGUCGACGAUGCCGCACCGGAGUGGAUCGUAACGCGCAAGAGCCCCGUCGCUCUUCUUGACCAGUUCUACGAGUUGUUCGACUUCUUACCGCCGUGUACACGUCCCGCGCGCACCCUAAGCCCCUUCCCCCAUCCCAAUCCUACUCGCAUUCCAUCAAGCAAUGGCCACGCUCACGCGCGAACACAAUCGGAAGGGGGCCAGGUGAACAAGGGGAAACAGAAUGGACCCGAAAACGGCGAGAAUGGAAAUAACAGCGAGCAAAUAAAGUCCCCCAGUCGCAGCAAAACAUCGGGACAGCUAGCGACAAAUAAGAGGCAGGACGACGCGACCUCGUUACCAUCCCCGGGCUCGCCGGAGUUCGACGACAGUGUACCAUUCAAUGAUUGGUCAGUCGUGAAGUUCUUAGAAGAAUUCGACCCGACAGACCUGAGUGUCGUCAGCGGACCGUGGGCAUACGUGGCAGAUUAUGUGAUACGGAUAGACACGUCGGUCUCGGUCGCAGAAGAAAUAGGUCGCUAUGAGGCGCGAAUGAAGACGGAAGCGUACAAGCCAAUGAGCGGCAUUAGCGAAGAGGAAGGUCGUAAGGUUAAUACGUUUGGUAGUAAAAAGGCGGGCUGGUUUGAGAAGCUUCGGGAUCAACUACAAAGACUGGAGAGUAUUCGGUGGUAUGUCGUCGUCUGCGGCGAUGAAGAUCGUAUUAUCCCUCAGCUAGGCACGAGCGAAGAAGGCCAAAACAUGAAGAGGGGAGAGGAGAAGAGCGGUGGAUUCGUCGAAGAUGGGUUCGAAUUCCGACUCCCGGAAUUCCUAGCACCACAGCAGUCUUCGGAGCCGAGACCGAGACGACGGAGAGCAGAGAAGAAGCUGGCUCUAGAGAAACCAGCACCCAUACCCGAGAAUGAGCAGCCGGUUAUCCCCCUUCCUCCCACUCCUGUUGAGGCUACCCCUAAGAUAUCGGGAGAGAACUUAAAGCGGCCGAAGAGUUCCAAAUCCAAUAGUGGACUUAGGAGGUUAUUCUUGAGACGAAAGCCCGACAGUCCUACCUGAAAUUGUUUUGAGGGAUACUCUUUCAAACGUCUUUAGCCCAUUUCUUCUCCACGACGCAAUGGCUCAUUCAGAAGCCCUCGGUGCCUGAUCAAACCAUCACCCUUCGUACUAAUAUCACCAAAACCCUGCUUCCCUGUCUUGUUGACAUAGUUUGGUACGAGUGACCGCCGGAAGGGGUAACUUAUCUGGUCAGCGAUAACGCUUUACGAUGUCCCAAGCACAAUUCACUUGACUCUCAAGGGCGGUUCGUUACAGAUUAGAGUUGUGGAAGUGCAAAGAGGUGUCUAAGAUGGAUCGGUCAGUUUAGGUAAUCUACCAAUCUAUGUGUACCCUUA